AUGGAACCAAAUGAAAUUGAGGGGAUCCUAGAUGAAACUGAAAUACUGGGGAGGGUAAAGGUCCACACCCGUAUUUACAACCGCAAAGUGAAGGGCAUGGUAGCACUAUGUGCUCACUCCAAGGAAACAGAUCUUGAUAAAGUGCCCAAAGAGGUGCAAGUAACAGGUAUCCCCUGGACAAUUCUGGGGGCAGAGCAGUCCCCUCCUAGUGUGUCUGUAUCACUUGAGGUGGAUUCUUUAGCACAGAAAUUGCAAGCUCUGAUGGUGGAUGAGAAGCGGACAAGAGAAAAAUUAAUUUUCGCAUUCGGAGGGAUUCCAACACCUGCAGCACCCAGCGUAGUGGGAUGGGCCAAAGAGCUGGGAAAUGCUGUCAAAGAUGCAUUGAAGCCAGUAUAUGAAAGUGCUCCAUACAAGCGGUUACGUUCAUUCUCGGGGGUGUCACCUGUACCCUCAGGGGAGGAUGAUUAUGAGACCUGGAGGGAUUUUAUGGUGCCACUUGUCCAAGAGUGGGAAUGCUCUGAUGCUGAGAAGCGGAAACAUGUGUUUGAGAGUCUGAGGGGACCUGCCAUGCGAAUUAUCCGAGUCCUGAAAGACUCCCAACCAGCUGCCACAGUGCAAGACUAUUUAACUGCUCUUGAGAGUGUCUAUGGUACUACUGAUAGCAGUGAAGACCUGCAUUAUCGUUUCCGCCAUACCUAUCAGGAGCCCCACGAACGAUUGUCGGAUUUCAUCAGGAGACUAGAGGAUUUGCUAGUUCGUGUGGAAGGAGGGAAUCCCCACCAAGUGCAUUGA